UUUGCGCCAAAGGGUUUGAAGUCCUAUAUUUUGGAGGAAAAAUGGAGAGUAGCAGCAUGAACAAUACUGUUGGGAAAGAUGAUGAUCUCUUAGUUGACACUGCAGAAGCUGAGGCUCUCAAGAAGAGAAUCUCUAGCCAUCCUUUGUAUGGACUUUUGGUCCAAACUCACAUCGACUGUUUGAAGGUUGGUACCGUUGGUGAUGUUGACCGAAUCCCUAGGGUGAGGCCGAAUUUAUCCUGUCAAUUUCCCAAUCCAAGCUCCCUCAGUCAGCCAGAACUAGACAGUUUCAUGGUUAGUCACACUCUUCCUUAUAAUAAGUCAUUAGUCAAAUCCAACAUGGAAGCAUACUGCUUUGCACUGAGCAAGUUGAAAGAAGCAAUGGAGGAACCCCAGCAAGAAACAGUAGCUUUCAUCAACAGCAUGCACUUACAGCUUAAAGAGCUCACAAGAACCCAUUCCAAGAGUACUGCUGAACAUUCCACUUCCACUAAAUCUUCCGAGAUGCAGAUGCUUGAGCAGCAUCCCCUUGUAGGAAUGGGAGUGAAUGAUGGAAUCUACAUAAACAAACUCAGCUAUUUGUUUUGA